AUGCAAUUCCCUUUGAACUUCACUUGCUUCCUUUUGAUAGAUUCUGAUUUUCAACGUGACCGCUAUUUGCGCUUUGCGGAAGUGCGCUGCGUAACUGUCGGCAUGUCGAACGACAUGCAGGCGGCCGCUUUCCUCCUUGCCAGUGUUUACACGUUAGGUUUAAUAUCCAUUUCAAAGGCGCUCGAAGCUUGGUUUGCGAAAGCAGCCCUGGGCUAUCCGCUGGUGGCACUCACCCUGCGCCUGCAUUAA